AUACACAAAAAGUCGAUUAGUCGAUUGUUAGUUGUUGCAAAGUGCGUUGUAACAAAGAAAUUAUUAAAUUAAAAUUAUAAAUUAUCAACAGACCGCCACCCAUAUCCAUUUAGCAAGAGCACAAAGCAGGGCAGGAAGCGUUUUCAUCUGAGACCCAUGUCCGCUAACUUCGCCGCCAUCGAUUUUUCAACAUGAGUUUGCGGUGUACAUUGGGGCGAUUUAUGAUGAGAUGUACUAUCUAAGACUGACUAAACACACACCGAAGGUAUACAUUUAAAAAACUACACAGGAAGCAUUGAACGGACAUAAAGAUUCCUUUGCAAGUAAACUUUGGCUGCUGUUACCACCGAUAAACAACCAAAUAUAGUCUUCUAUUUUGUUGGAACUGUCACUGAAUGCAGCAAUGUCUCGCUCAAAAGAUAAAGUAGUUUCUUCGUUGCGAAAAAUAUUUAAAAGCAACAACGCUUCCAAAGAUGAAACACCUGAGGAAAAGAAGGCGACAGAUGCAGAUGCUGCUACGGCCAAGAAGCCUGCGGUCUUUCCUGAAUCUCCAGGAAAGCGAAUGCGUCGAAUGGACAAAAAAGUUAAACCAAUGCCAGUAAACCCCACUCCCGACUUUAGUGUGCGCGCAAGACGGCUUAUGAAAGAGUACAAGGAAAUCCAAAAAAUUCAAAGUUCCAGAAAUGAUUCCGUCUUUACGGUGGAACUUAUCAAUGACAACCUUUACGAAUGGUACGCUCGCUUGCACACCGUCGAUCCGGACUCAAAGUUGGCAAAAGAUAUGAUAGAUCUUAAUGUGCCAUUUAUAUUGUUGCACUUGGCUUUUCCCGACAACUUUCCAUUUGCCCCACCGUUUAUGCGUGUUGUUGAACCGCAUAUAGAAAAAGGAUAUGUAAUGGAUGGAGGCGCAAUUUGCAUGGAGCUUUUAACGCCGCGCGGGUGGGCGAGCGCAUAUACAGUGGAGGCAGUACUAAUGCAGUUUGCUGCAAGUCUUGUCAAGGGUCAAGGUCGCAUAAUGCGAAAAACCAAAAACACGAAGGAAUUCAGCAGACGAAGGGCUGAGGAAGCAUUUCGCUCGUUGGUUAAAACCCAUGAAAAAUAUGGAUGGGUUACACCAUCACUAUCCGACGGCUAAACGAGUCGCAGUCGCAGAAAUUAACGCCGAUAUUUCCUGUGAAUAGUCUUAUCUGUUUUAGUCCCUAUGUAAUUGGCACUCACUACAAACUAUUUUCCAAGUCUUUCUCAAACUAAUUUAAUUUAUUUGUUCAACUAUUUUUGAGUACGAUGCGUCUGUGACGGGACAUUUGCAUUACCAAUGAUUUUAUACUAUGUCCGCCGCACGCAAAAGCUGAAGUAUUACUCAAAACUAAUUUGAUAUGUAUGAAGUCAUUUAGGUUUAGAAAAAUUAAAUUUAAUUUAUAGAAAAUAAACCACAUCGGGGUUGAAUUGCAUUCCAUGCCCGUCUUAUGUCGAUAGGAAAAUAUCAAGAACAUGCAUAUACAUACAUAUGUAUUGAAUUCUAUUUUAUCUGCCAAGAUCUGAACUUCUAUGCAUGUCACCAAUAUAUACUGACCAUUGCUAUCAAAUUAUAUUAAUGUGGUUAAUUCUUCCACUGAAUGAUAUGUAUGUAUUUUUGAAAUUAAUUAUAUAUUUGUUUGAAGUUUAUUUCGAGCGUCCUCGAUGUGGAUUUUUUCAAUCAUAAUUCGAAUCUCAUUUACCAAAAACGUUACUAUGUAUAAUGAACGCCCUCCACGUCUUAGGUACUUAUCUGUAAGCGUCUAGAUAAAAUUAUAAAUUGAAAUUGCUCAUUUUCCAAUAUUUGUGUUAAUAUUGCCCGUUAGACAGUUAGCCAAAGCCCAGUACUAAAGAAAAAGUCCCUUGAAUUAGUUUAUAUUAUAUGUUGUGUGGUUCACAUAAAGAUCAAAGCGAAUAUUUUUUUUUUGUGAUCUAACUAGAAUGGCGGGGGUGUGAUCUGUCGAACACAUUUCAAAUGAAAGUCAGUAUUACGGGUUUGGCGAGGGAUGGGUUUAUUAAGAAAUAAUUUUAUUAUCAUUUUGUGGAAUCCUUUAGCGUAAUGAAUCUAUAAGCGUAACAUUUCAUCCUUCACAUUUCUAGUCACACAUAGCUUAGCAAACAUUGCUGGUCACGACACGGCAGUCUAUUUGGACAUUUUUUUUUUUGCCGACCGUAAACUAUGAAUGGAGUUUUGGCAUCAAAUGAGUGCUGCUAUCGACUAAAGAAAUAAAAUCAAAAUAUUACUUAGAUCUCUUAUGUUGUUAGUAUUUUCUAUGCCAUAAAAAGAAGUAUUGUUUAUUUUGUUUAAACAUGUUAUGCAGAUUCCAUGUGAAAUAAAAAUUUUUGUAAUAGAAUAAAAUGUGUGAUGUUUAAAAUGUA